ACGCUUUACUCGGUGCGACCGUCACUAGAGUGGUCUUUACAAAUAAUGACUUCGCUAACAUAAGCAACAAAAGUCGCUAUUUGUGAUUACUGGUGUGGUGAAUGUAGCUCCCAUGGUGUAAAGUUAGUUGUUUGUCGGUUCGAGAAGUCAAGUUCAGACGACAAGAUGAGCGCGCCAACAGAUGUUGCGAAGUUGGUGACUAGAAAAAUGGAGUACAUGAUGAAUGUACAUCGAGUGGAGACAGGUUUCGAUUCGUCAGGCAGCGGUCGUCACAGCACCACAAAGCGAAUGGCGAGAUACGAUAUGGCAUACCUAAUUCAGACUGAUGAUAAAAAGAAGAAACAGAAAAAUGCAGGUAAAGACAAGAAAAAACAAGAAAGAAAGAAGAAAUCUAGCAAUGAUGUAGCAGAAGAUAGAAAAGAUGGUACACAAGAAGAGGAACCUAAAAGUGAAAAAGAACAGUCAUGGACUGGAUUGAGCAAAUCCAGAAGACAGGGAAGAGCAGAGUCUUCAGAAAAUGAUGAGAAAUCUAGUAAAGGAGAGUGGAAAGGAAUCACUAUGUCACGGAAAACGAGUAAAACAGAGAAUAAGGAAACGUCAAGUGAAAGUCAAACAAAAGAAAGUGAGGGAGAUUGGACUGAACUCAGUAACUCAACAAAAGAUGAAAAUGAAGAAAAAAACUCAGUUGAAAGAAAAGAUACUGAAAGAGAAGACGAUGUUGAUAAGAAAAUUGAUGAGGAAUGUAAAAAUAAGUCCAAGAGGAAGAAAAAGGACAAAACUCUAAUCUCGCCUCGACUACAGAAAGAUACUUUGCCAAAGAGUUUAGUGAGAAAAAAGCAAAUGAAACAGUUGACAGAGGAUGCCAAUAAAUUGUUUGAAUCACUGGAUGCAGGUACUAUUGAUAAAUAUUUCCGAUACCGACCGUCAUGUAAAAACAAAGACAGCUUAGACUUGGGUAAAGUGCGUCCUUUGUCAAUGCAUGUUGAUGCGAUUUUGAAUUCUUCUAAAGCAGUCUCCUUUGCCAUAGAACACGAUGACAGAAAGUCUGCCCAAGAACAUCAGAAAAAACAAAAUGAAAAAGCUGCUUCUAAGAGAAAAGAAGAAGAAGCCAGGAAAAAAAGAAAAGAAGAAGAAAAGAGAAAAAAAAAGUUGGCCAUUGGAUGUGGGAAGCAGCCACAUGUGGCAACAUUGCUUGGAUCAUUGUUGGAAAACGACCAGAAGUACAAAGAGCAGAAACCGUCAAAAAAAAAUCAAGAUGAGGAAGAAGAUAAAAAGAGAGAUUCUUUGCAUGUGAUAAGUCCGAUGCAUGACCAUGAGAGUAGUAGUGACAGUGACAGUGACAGUGACAGUGACAGUGACAGUGACAGUGAUAGUGAUAGUGGUAGUAGUGCAUCAUCCUCUUCAUCUGAUGAUGAAGCAAAGAAGGAAAUCAAAGAUGCCCGGACUAUGACUCCUGCAAGUGAGCCUGAAUCGUCUAAGAAGAGUGAAGGUGAUUGGACUAUGAUUAGUAAGGUUACAAAAGAUGAAUCCAUGGCGACAGAAUCAUCUCAGCAGAAUGAAGAAGUGGAGCAAGAGAGUAGCUGUGAUGAGUUGGCAAAACUGGCCAGUUCCACAAAAGAAGGUGAUAGUACGUCUCAGGAUGACAAAACUGGAAGUGGUAUAUCAAGUAAUGAUGAUGACGACGAGAAAACUACUCCCAGACCAGACACUCCCAGACCAACCACUGCAACACCACUGUUAGUUGCUAAGCAAGAAGGAUCACAGCGUGGAAGUGCCAGUUCAUUGUCAUCCAUCAAAUCCGGCAGUAGUACAUCAAGUUCAUCAUCAGAGAGUUCUCAAUCAUCAUCUGGUGGUAGUAACAAGAGACCAAAAUCUGCUCAGGGAUCACAGUCUUCUGUUAAAAAAAAUUCCAUUCACAGUGAUACAUCAAAGCAUUCAUCAGUCAGUUCACUGAAGACAAAAACUAAGACUGAAAGUGUUGAGUCUGAUAAAGAUGGUGUGAUGUCAAAGCCAUCAAGCAAAGAAAGCGAAAUUAUGAAAAGCGAGAGUAAUGAAUCCAGAGAGGAAACUGUAUCUUCUAUGAAAGAAAGUGAAGGUGAGAAGAGCACGGAUGAGGUUGGUGAUGGGAAACAGUGGACUUUCAUCAGCAAGUCAGGUAAGGACCAGCCAUCAACAGAGCAAGAAGGUGAUAAGCUAAGUAUUACUGGAGAUGAACCUGAACAGAAGUGCCAUCCAACUGAGCACAGUGAGGAUGUAUGCGAAAACUCUGAUAAGAAAAUUGAUACGUCCACUCCAACAGCUCAUGAUGAAGACCAGGGAGAUUGUACAAAAACUGCUAGUCUUGAUGUAGUGAAGGAGACAGAAGAAAACAAAGAAGUUAUCAAAAAUGACGAUUGUCCAGAUUCAGAUUUAGAUUUAUCAUCAGUUUCAUCAUUGGAUACUUCAAUGGACAGUGACACCAGUGACUCAGAUUCUGAUUCCGAUUCUGAUGUCCAGCAAAGUGUAAAAGGAAGUGAUAAACAAACUGGCAGUCUGCCUGAGAAGACUGUGUCUGUUGGUGGAAUUGAAGGGGAAUCUAAAUGUUAA